UUUUUUUUAAAUGUAUAACUUAAUGGGUCUGAACAGCACGGCCGCAGCUAUUCAGCCCAAUGUGUCCUGCACAUGCAACUGCAAAAGGUCUUUGUUCCAGAGCAUGGAGAUCAGCACUGAAUGUUUAGGUCGCACCUUUCCAGGUAAACUGGCGGAGCUGGAGUUUGUACAGAUAAUCAUAAUCGUGGUGGUGAUGAUGGUGAUGGUGGUGGUGAUCACAUGUCUGCUGAACCACUACAAGCUCUCUGCACGAUCCUUCAUCAGCCGGCACAGCCAGGGGAGGCGGCGAGACGAGAACCUCUCAUCAGAGGGAAGCCUGUGGCCUUCGGAAAGCACGGUGUCAGGGAAUGGAAUAACAGAGCAGCAAAUCUACACCCCGAGACCCAGCGACCGCCUGGCAGUGCCAUCCUUUCUGCAGAGGGACCGCUUUAACAGAUUCCAGCCCACCUACCCCUACAUGCAGCACGAGAUCGACCUGCCGCCCACCAUCUCGCUGUCGGACGGCGAGGAGCCCCCCCCAUACCAGGGACCCUGCACGCUGCAGCUGCGAGACCCCGAGCAGCAAAUGGAGCUCAACAGAGAGUCAGUCCGGGCGCCCCCCAACAGAACCAUCUUCGACAGUGACUUGAUAGAUAACUCAGUGUAUGGGGGGCCGUGCCCCCCCAGCAGUAACUCUGGCAUCAGCGCGACCUGUUACGGGAGCAAUGGUAGGAUGGAGGGACCGCCACCGACAUACAGCGAGGUGAUAGGGCACUACCCCGGGUCGACGUUUUACCAGCACCAGCAGAACAACAACGGGUUGCCCUCCAUCUUGGAGGGCAGCAGACUCCAUCAUUCACAAAUCAAUGGCCUUGAGAGCACAACCAUGUGGAACAAAGAGAAAGAGAAACAAAAAGGGCAUCCCUUUUAAAAAAAAAAUAUAAAAGAAAAGGAGAAAAAGAAAAAAAAAGGCAAGAAAAGCAAAUGAAACACUCUGCACUUCUCGUUAAAAGAAAAAGGAGAGAGAGAGAGAGAGUUGAGGAAGAUGAGCAAAGAGAAAAAACAAAACCCACAAAAAAGCCCUUCCCCAUCUCUCCAUGUAUAAAUAUUUACUUGUUAUGUCUGGUCUGAAUGCACAAGCCUACCAAGCUUGCAAAAACAUUUCUUUAUGGAGCUGUGUCUAGACGUUUAAAAAGGAAAACAAACAAACGAAAAAUCAACUGUAGUCCUUUUUUUCAU